GAUCAUAAGACCCAUGUAUAUCUCCCGGGAAAUUUGCAGCUGCUCCAAACAUCGAUAAUCGCCUUCUGGGAUCAUGAUUGCCAUAACACCAACACAGUCUAUUUGUUGAAGGUUUCUCAUUGGGUUUUUAUGUUGUUGCUAUAUCAUAGAUACCUACAUUUGGGGAGCAUAAAUUUUCCACAGAUGGUCUGAGCAGAAGCUUUUUUAUCACCAAAUAGCUUUAUCCUUUCAUAUUGGUGGAUUUAUGGCCAAUAAUACUCUAGUUCUAGCUGACAAUUCUCUAGUCGGAAAUUCUCUAGUUGUGACUGAUAAUUCCUUGGUUAUUGGACAAGAAUUCCCUGAUGUUGAAACUUGCAGAAGAGCUUUAAAAGAGAUUGCUAUUUCUUUGCAUUUUGAUCUUCGAAUAGUAAAAUCAGAUCGAAGUCGGUUUAUUGCCAAGUGCUCGAAGGAAGGAUGUCCAUGGCGUGUCCAUGUGGCAAAAUGUCCAGGUGUUUCAACCUUUACGAUUCGAACCUUACAUGGAGAGCACACUUGUGAAGGAGUUCGCAACCUACACCAUCAGCAGGCAUCAGUAGGUUGGGUUGCCAGAUCUGUAGAAGCACGGCUUCGAGAUAAUCCACAAUACAAACCAAAGGAAAUAUUGCAUGACAUACGUGAACAGCAUGGAGUUGCUGUGUCUUACAUGCAAGCUUGGCGUGGGAAGGAACGUAGCAUGGCUGCAGUUCAUGGAACUUUUGAAGAAGGAUAUCGCCUACUUCCUGCAUACUGUGAGCAAAUCAGAACAACAAACCCAGGAAGUAUUGCAUCAGUAUUUGCCACUGGUCAGGAAAACUGCUUCCAGCGCCUCUUCGUUUCCUAUCGUGCAUCAAUCUAUGGCUUUAUUAAUGCAUGUAGGCCACUUUUGGAGCUUGACAGAGCACAUUUGAAAGGAAAAUACCUGGGAACUUUACUUUGUGCUGCAGCUGUUGAUGCUGAUGACACAUUAUUUCCAUUGGCAUUUGCCAUUGUUGAUAUGGAGAGUGAUGAGAAUUGGAUGUGGUUCUUGUCUGAGUUGCGGAAGCUUCUCGGAGUCAACACAGAGAACAUGCCAAGACUUACAAUACUAUCUGACAGAUCAAAAGGCAUCGUGGAAGCUGUGGAGACACAUUUUCCAAGUGCUUUCCAUGGAUUUUGUCUGCGUUAUGUGAGUGAAAAUUUUCGUGAUGAAUUUAAGAACACAAAGUUGGUGAACAUAUUUUGGAAUGCUGUUUAUGCCCUCACAGCUGUUGAAUUUGAAGCAAAAAUUGCUGAGAUGGUAGAGAUUUCACAGGAUGUCAUACAAUGGUUUCAGCGCUUCCCACCUCGUCUUUGGGCUGUAGCAUAUUUUGAGGGUGUGCGAUAUGGCCACUUUACCUUGGGUAUCACAGAGUUGUUGUACAACUGGGCACUUGAGGGCCAUGAGCUCCCUAUUGUGCAAAUGAUGGAGUUUAUUCGUCAUCAGCUGACAUCUUGGUUUAUUGAUCGUCGUAACAGGGGCAUGGGGUGGACCUCAAUUUUAGUGCCUUCUGCUGAGAAGCGCAUUCUUGAAGCGAUUGCAGAUUCUCGUUGCUAUCAGGUUCUUCGUGCAAAUGAGGUGGAGUUUGAAAUUGUGUCAACUGAGCGGACAAACAUUGUGGAUAUACGCAGCCGUCAUUGUUCAUGUCGCCGCUGGCAGAUCUAUGGUUUACCAUGUGCACAUGCUGCUGCUGCGCUGAUCUCCUGUGGGCAAAAUGCCCAUCUAUUUGCCGAGCAUUGUUUUACGGUGAUCAGCUAUCGUGAGGCCUAUUCACAGGCAAUAAAUCCAAUUCCAGAUAAAAGCCAAUGGAAUGAGCUUGGUGAAGGAGCAGAUGGUGGAGGUGCUAAAGUUGAUAUCACAAUACGCCCUCCCAAGACUCGUCGACCACCUGGCCGGCCCAAAAAGAAAGUGCUUCGUAUAGAGAGUUUUAAGCGCCCAAAGAGGAUUGUUCAAUGUGGUCGUUGUCAUAUGUUAGGACAUUCUCAAAAGAAAUGCACAAUGCAAGUUUGAUAUUAUAUUUCGAAAUUAGCUUUAGAUGAGUCUGUUUAUUUACCAUCUUCAAUAUCAAAUAGAAUUAAUGGUGUACCCUGUAAUUUUAGUGUUAUUUUAAUUAUUUGAUCAUAAUUAAGUAUUUAUUCCCC